UACAGCGCAUCGAAGAUAGCGAGACCGAGUUCCUCUUCUCUCUCUUCUUCUCCUCUUAUCCGCAGCCUUUCAAACCCUAGAAUUCCUCGAACUCCGAGCCUUUUAUUAACAAUCCCAUGAGGUUCUAAAUUUUUUGAGGAUUUUGAGGUUGCGUGAGUUCGGAUUUGGAGUUGGUGGGGUUGAAGAGGGAGGGUUUGUCCGUGGUCGGUGGAAUUCGAGUUCCGUAGUGUUUUUGUUUUCUUUUAAGGUUGUAAUUGGUUGUGUUCGAAGAUCAGGGUUCGGAGAUCGAAAUUAACGGUGCGGUUUUGGAUUUGAGUGUCCGAUAUGACUUCUCUGAGCAGAGAAUUGGUGUUUCUCAUACUCCAGUUUCUGGAGGAAGAGAAAUUCAAAGAAUCUGUACACAAGCUUGAGAAAGAAUCUGGGUUCUUUUUCAACAUGAAGUACUUUGAGGAAAAAGUGCAGGCUGGCGAGUGGGAAGAGGUUGAGAAGUACUUAUCAGGAUUUACCAAAGUUGAUGAUAAUAGAUACUCAAUGAAAAUAUUUUUUGAAAUCAGGAAACAGAAAUAUCUGGAAGCACUUGAUCAGCAAGACAAGGCAAAGGCUGUGGAGAUAUUAGUGGGUGAUUUAAAGAUGUUUUCCACCUUCAAUGAGGAGCUGUACAAAGAAAUAACCCAGUUAUUAACUCUUACUAAUUUCAGGGAGAAUGAGCAGCUGUCCAAGUAUGGUGACACCAAAACUGCUCGAAGCAUUAUGCUGAUAGAACUGAAAAAACUCAUAGAGGCAAAUCCUCUUUUCCGUGAUAAGCUUAUCUUCCCUACCCUUAAGUCAUCAAGACUGCGAACUUUGAUCAAUCAAAGUCUAAACUGGCAGCAUCAGCUCUGCAAAAACCCAAGGCCAAAUCCAGAUAUUAAGACUUUAUUCACAGAUCACACAUGUGCACCUCCUAAUGGUCCUCUGGCGCCCACACCCAUCAAUCUUCCAAUUGCUGCAGUUGCAAAGCCUGCUACUUAUACUCCACUUGGAGCUCAUGGUCCCUUCCCACCUGCUGCUGCAACUGCCAAUGCUAAUGCUUUGGCUGGUUGGAUGGCCAAUGCCUCAGCUUCAUCAUCUGUCCAAGCAGCUGUAGUCACAGCAUCAACUAUACCUGUCCCACAGAAUCAAGUGCCUAUCUUGAAACGUCCUAGAACACCUCCUGCAAAUCCUGGCAUGGUUGAUUAUCAGAAUGCUGAUCAUGACCAGCUAAUGAAAAGGCUUCGUCCUGGUCAUUCUGUAGAGGAGGUUUCUUAUCCCUUGGCUCGACAAGCCUCUUGGUCUCUUGAUGAUCUACCAAGAACUGUGACUAUGACAUUGCAUCAAGGAUCCUCUGUGACGAGCAUGGAUUUUCAUCCUUCUCAUCAUACCUUACUUCUUGUUGGUUCUAAUAAUGGUGAAAUUACCCUCUGGGAACUCAGUUUACGAGAAAAGUUGGUCUCAAAGCCAUUCAAGAUAUGGGAUGUGUCUGCAUGCUCAUUACCAUUUCAGGCUGCUGCAGUCAAGGAUGCACCUAUUUCGGUCAGUCGGGUCACAUGGAGCCCUGAUGGAAGUUUUGUGGGUAUGUUACUUCAUGUUUCUGAACACAUUUUGAAGCUGUCAGGUGAAUGUCUAACUGGUUGCUUUGCUGUAGGUAUUGCUUUUACUAAACAUUUGAUUCACUUGUAUGCUUGCACUGGAUCAAAUGAGCUAACCCAGCGUAUAGAGGUUGAUGCUCAUGUUGGGGGUGUGAAUGACUUGGCAUUUGCUCAUCCAAAUAAACAGCUGUGUAUUGUGACUUGUGGAGAUGAUAAGUUGAUAAAGGUAUGGGAUUUAAAUGGACGAAAACUAUUCUCCUUUGAGGGGCACGAAGCACCUGUGUAUUCCAUUUGUCCCCAUCACAAAGAGAACAUUCAGUUCAUAUUUUCAACUGCCAUUGAUGGGAAAAUAAAGGCAUGGCUAUACGAUAACAUGGGUUCUAGGGUUGACUAUGAUGCCCCUGGUCACUGGUGCACUACAAUGCUUUACAGUGCUGAUGGAACUAGGUUAUUUUCUUGUGGGACAAGUAAAGAUGGAGAGUCUUUUCUUGUUGAAUGGAAUGAAAGUGAAGGAGCCAUUAAGAGAACAUACAAUGGAUUCAGAAAAAAAUCUACUGGAGUUGUGCAGUUUGACACAACCCAAAAUCGCUUUUUGGCUGCAGGUGAAGAUGGCCAAGUUAAGUUUUGGGACAUGGACAACAUUAAUCUUCUGAUAAGCACUGAGGCCGAUGGAGGAUUACAGAGCCUUCCACGCUUGAGAUUCAACAAGGAAGGAAAUAUUCUUGCUGUUACUACCAUGGACAAUGGUUUCAAGAUACUUGCCAAUGCUUCUGGUCUUAGAUCUUUAAGAACAAUUGAAACUCCGGCAUUUGAAGCAUUGAGGUCACCCAUUGAAUCUACUCCAAUUAAGGUAUCUGGCUCUUCUACUGUUAAUGUUAGUCCGGUCAACUGUAAAGUGGAAAGAAGUUCCCCUGUCAGGCCUUCUCCAAUUCUUAAUGGAGUUGAUCCCAUGGGCCGAAGUGUAGAGAAACCAAGAACUGUGGAAGAUGUAACAGAUAGAGCUAAACCAUGGCAACUAUCUGAAAUUCUGGAUCCUGUCCAAUGUCGGUCAGUUACCAUGCCUGAGAGCACAGAUUCUUCCAGCAAGGUUAUUAGACUUUUAUAUACAAACUCUGCUGUUGGUAUUUUGGCCCUUGGUUCAAAUGGUAUCCAGAAGCUUUGGAAAUGGGCUCGUAGUGAACUGAAUCCUACUGGGAAGGCUACUGCCAAUGUUGUUCCACUGCAUUGGCAACCCAACAACGGUCUUCUUAUGACUAAUGAUAUCUCGGGUGUCAACCUUGAAGAAGCAGUCCCUUGCAUUGCACUCUCAAAAAAUGACUCUUAUGUUAUGUCUGCCUGUGGUGGAAAGGUUUCUCUAUUUAACAUGAUGACAUUCAAGGUAAUGACAACAUUCAUGCCACCGCCUCCUGCUUCUACCUUCCUAGCUUUCCAUCCCCAGGAUAACAACAUUAUUGCCAUUGGGAUGGACGAUUCAACCAUUCACAUCUAUAAUGUCAGAGUGGAUGAGGUGAAAUCAAAAUUGAAAGGCCACCAGAAGCGUAUUACUGGUUUAGCUUUUUCAACCAAUCUUAACAUACUGGUUUCAUCUGGUGCUGAUGCUCAUCUUUGUGUGUGGAGUAUAGAUACAUGGGAGAAAAGAAAAGCAAUUCCAAUACAACUACCCGCAGGAAAGUCACCUGUUGGUGAUACACGCGUACAGUUCCAUUCCGAUCAACUUCGCUUAUUGGUAGUUCAUGAGACUCAAUUGGCAAUAUAUGAUGCCUCUAAGAUGGAACGCAUUCGGCAGUGGGUUCCCCAAGAUGUUCUGUCUGCCCCCAUAUCAUAUGCAGCUUAUUCCUGCAACAGUCAGUUAAUAUAUGCUACAUUUUGUGAUGCCAACAUUGGUGUUUUUGAUGCUGAUAGCUUGAGGCUCAGAUGUCGUAUUGCUCCAUCAAUAUGCUUGUCACCGGCAGCUUUAAGUGGAAGUCAAGGUGUGUAUCCUCUUGUGGUUGCUGCUCAUCCUCUAGAACCCAACCAGUUUGCGGUUGGGUUGACGGAUGGAUCUGUCAAAGUGAUAGAACCGAACGAGUCAGAGGGUAAGUGGGGAACCUGCCCACCAACGGACAAUGGAAUAUUGAAUGGUAGAACAGGAUCAUCAUCUACAACAAGCAACCACACUGCUGAUCAGGCUCAAAGAUAAACGAUCAACAAAUUGUAUUAUACUAGUGUAGUUCUUUUCAUCUGUAAUUGUAUCAGCUUAGAUGUUUAGAUUUCGAUUCACCAAUAUGUCUCAUCAAUAUCAGGUCAGCUUGGACAUAAAAUGGUAAAUGCUUAGACGUACAAUCGUGUAUACCUUUUAUUCUUGUUAACUCAAUUUUAUUGUUUGUAAUGUUAUUGUUUCUUGCUUACAAGUGUA